AUGGAUCGGAACCAUCUACUUGUAGUUGUUAAAGUGUUGAAAGCUUACAUCAACUUGCUCAUACUUUUGGUCAACUUUGCAAAUUGGUUAAUUGAACAUGAACAAAGAGAUGAUAGGAGGAGAACUUUAAGACAAAGAACAUUCACUAGAUUGCAAAUUAGAUCGAUAGAAAUCCAACGCAUCCCACGUGAAAGUGACAUUAUAUGUGUAAAUGAGUUGCGAAUGGAUAGGAAUGCAUUUGCUCUUUUGUGUGAGUUGCUAAAAACACGUGGUGAACUAUUAGAUGAUGGUAACGUGACAAUUGAAGAACAAGUUGCUACAUUUGUUAACAUUUUAGCACAUCACACCAAAAAUAGAUGUCUUCAAGUUAGAUUUUAUAGGUCGAGGGAAACAAUUAGUAGGUAUGUUCAUCGAGUUUUAAGUGCUUUGUUGCGAGUGCAAGACAUUUUGUUUAGCAAACCAACUCCGGUAGAGGAUGAUUGUACCGACAGAAGAUGGAAAUGGUUUAAGGGUUGUUUAGGAGCAAUAGAUGGAACAUACAUUGAAGUGACUGUACCUGAGUCCGAUAAACCACGAUACCAAACAAGAAAGGGUCAUAUUGCGAUUAAUGUAUUAGAAAGGURUUUYRRUAUUUUGAAGAAACGUUGGGCCAUAUUACGAAGUCCUUCUUUCUAUCCAAUAAAACUUCAAGGAAGGAUGGUCAUAGCAUGUGCUUUGCUACAUAAUUUUAUUAGGAUGUACAUGGUUCUUGAUCAGGAAGAAAACACGACACUCACACUAGAAGAUAUGCCUAUAGGGGAAGAGCAAGUGGAAUCCAACGAUGAUGUUGAAUCUAUUGAUGUUGUUGAAUCGAGCAAUGAGUGGACUCAAUGGAGAGAUGACGUAGCCCAAGAGAUGUUUGAGUCGUGGAUGUCAAGUAAAUGA